CGCCAGAGAGGAGCGCGGCGCGGCCGGGCGCACCCGCGGGACUGCGCGGCUCGGGCGCCUGCGGGGACCUACGGUGGCCGGGCGACAGCGCCAUGGGCGGAGAGGUGCGCGUGCUGCUGCUGCUGGGCCUGCUGCACUGGGUCGGGGGCGGCGGGGGCAGGAAGCCCUGGCGGCGCCGCGGCCAGCAGCCCCCGCAGCCGCCGCCCCCGCCGCGGGCCGAGGUGGCGCCGGGCGCCGGGCCGCCGGUGGAGAGCUUCCCGCUGGACUUCACGGCGGUGGAGGGCAACAUGGACAGCUUCAUGGCGCAGGUCAAGAGCCUGGCCCAGUCCCUGUACCCCUGCUCUGCGCAACAGCUCAACGAGGACCUCCGUCUGCAUCUCCUGCUCAACACGUCGGUGACCUGCAACGACGGCAGCCCCGCGGGCUACUACCUGAAGGAGUCCAAGGGCAGUCGGCGGUGGUUGCUCUUUCUGGAAGGCGGCUGGUACUGCUUCAACCGGGAGAACUGUGACUCCAGAUACAGCACCAUGAGGCGCCUCAUGAGCUCCAAAGACUGGCCGCACACACGCACAGGUACUGGGAUUCUGUCCUCUCAGCCAGAGGAGAACCCUCACUGGUGGAAUGCCAAUAUGGUCUUCAUCCCCUACUGCUCCAGUGACGUUUGGAGUGGGGCAUCACCCAAGUCUGAGAAGAAUGAGUACGCCUUCAUGGGCUCCCUCAUCAUCCGGGAGGUGGUGCGGGAGCUCCUGGGCAGAGGGCUGAGUGUGGCGAAGGUGCUGCUGCUGGCCGGGAGCAGCGCCGGGGGCACCGGGGUGCUGUUGAAUGUAGACCGCGUGGCCGAGCUGCUGGAGGAGCUAGGCUACCCGUCCGUCCAGGUGCGGGGUCUGGCGGACUCCGGCUGGUUCCUGGACAACAAACAAUACCGGCGCUCCGACUGCAUUGAUACCAUCAACUGUGCGCCCACAGAGGCCAUCCGCCGUGGCAUCAGGUACUGGAAUGGGAUGGUCCCGGAGCGCUGUCAGCGCCAGUUCAAGGAAGGAGAGGAAUGGAAUUGCUUUUUUGGCUACAAAGUGUACCCGACCCUGCGCUGUCCAGUGUUCGUGGUGCAGUGGCUUUUCGACGAGGCCCAGCUGACCGUGGAUAACGUGCACCUCACUGGGCAGCCGGUCCAGGAGGGCCAGUGGCUGUACAUCCAGAACCUGGGGGGAGAGCUGCGUGGCACACUCAAGGAUGUGCAGGCCAGCUUUGCCCCUGCCUGCCUCUCCCACGAGCUCAUCAUCCGGAGCUACUGGACGGAUGUCCAGGUGAAGGGGACCUCACUGCCCCGGGCACUACACUGCUGGGACCGCAGCUUCCACGACAGCCACAAGGCCAGCAAAACUCCCCUCAAGGGCUGCCCUUUCCACCUGGUGGACAGCUGCCCCUGGCCCCACUGCAAUCCCUCCUGCCCUACCAUCCGGGACCAGUUCACAGGGCAGGAGAUGAACGUGGCUCAGUUCCUCAUGCACAUGGGCUUUGAUGUGCAGACGGUGGCCCAGCAGCAGGGGAUGGAGCCCAGCAAGCUGCUAGGGAUGCUGAGCAGUGCAAACUAGAUGGGCUGCCUGGAGGAGGAGGCGCUGUGAGGCUGGCCUGCUUGCUGUCCCAGGGUAACUCGCCUCUACUUCCAGGCCCUCCAGCCGCUCCCAGGACCCACCUGGGUGUGGACACCUGCCUGACCGCCUGUGCUCUCCCACUGCCUUCAGGAGGCCUGGCCAGAGCGGCAGUCUUUCCCGAGCCCUGCAGCCUGGGACCCUUGCCACCCCACGUUUCCCUAGUCCCCGGCUCAGCUUGGGGAGGGGCCAAAAGCGAAGCAAGCACUGGAUUCCUGAGCCCAGCGCUCAGAUGGUCCCUCCAGCCCCAACUGAUCAUGCUCUUUUGUAUUAUUUUAUAAAGUGACUUUUUUUAUUACUUUAAAUUUUAAAAAAUAGAAAAUAAGAAAUAUAUGAUGGAUGAUAUUGUUUUGUAACAUAUUUUUUUCUUAAUAAUUAAAAAGAAGAAGAUAACAGA